ACCCACAUCAAGAUGGCCGCCGCGGUGGCACAAAAUGGAAUGGAGAAAAUUUCGGAUGAAAUCGUGCUGCAGUUCCUUCAAUUUCUUCCGUUAGAUGACAUCUUAAAUGUCCAGCGAGUGAGCAGAAGGUUUAGCAGAAUAUGCCAAGACAAAACUCUCUGGAGGCACACUGGUUUGAAGUCUUGCCACGCGUUAUCAGACGACCUCCUUAAAGACAUCAUCAGCCACCAAGCAGUGAACAUACAACAUCUCAGUCUCCAUGGUUGCCAUUGGUUACGCUCCACAUCCAUUGAGGUAUUGUCACGAUGUGUGAACCUCCAGACGCUGGACCUAUCACACUGUCGGGUCACCACCAAAUGUCUCUCCAAAAUCUUAUCAGCUACAAAAGAACUCCGUCGCCUUGCGUGGGAUGUGGAAGGGGGCUUCCGGCCAUCAUUUCUCAGUCAGGAGUGUAAGGAGACUCUGAAGAAGUUGAAAGUAUUAAAGCAGGUGUACCCAUUUGAAGUCCACCAGGACCUCUUUGGAGUCCUGACAUUCUGCCCAGCCCUGGAAAAAAUCUACUUGCUUGGCAAUGUGCAGCUUUCCCAUGUGGCCUGCUGGACAUACAAUCCUCUUGAAGAAGAUCAAGCUGCAGUGUCAGCAAGCAACUUAAAAGAGCUGGUCUGUUACGGGUUUGAGAACUCUGAAGUGGCAUCGUCUGUGUUUAACCUUCUGACGGGCUCCAUGAAACAGGGUGACCCCCAGCCAACUCUCCGCUCCUACUGUAUCAGUGGGGGUCCAUUUGUAACAUACGAGAAGGCAGUGGGGAGCUAUGCACAGGCAUUUGAGCCAUUUAAGACAGACUUGUUGCAGCUUGAUCUGUCCUCCGGGCGCGAGGGAAUCUGCUCCAUCUCAGACCUGGAGAAAACAAAGAACCUGCAGUUCUUGAGACUGUCGUACAACUUUUGUCUCCAUAGUUAUGACCUGAUGGCAGCUUCCACAGUAUGUCAGAACCUCCGAGUGUUAAACCUAAUGGGGUGCAGGUACUGCUUCAGUUGUUCAGAGAGGUUUGACUGGGACCUGAGUGGUUUGGAGGCUGUAGCUGAGAACUGCCCACAUCUCCACAGCCUGAACCUGAGUGGUGCUCACCACUGUAACUCCUUUGGCUGUCCCAAUGUCUUUCCUUCUGAUGACCUGGCAGACACCAUUGCCAAGAUGAAAGGUCUGGUGAGCCUGUCUCUGCCUGCCUGUUCUGUUGGAACUUCCAAGAAGUCUAAGAAGUCAAGAAUUGAUCCCACUUUUCAAGGAAAUGGACCCAGGCCACAGUCUUCAUCAUCCAGAACAUCCCACUACAGCAGGGCUGACCCACAGGUCCUGAACCUAUGGAAGAUAGUGCAGGGCUGCCCCCUGGUGGAGGAGUUUGAACUGCUGGGUGUGGGCUUUCACUCCCAACUGGUCCACAAGGCAUUACACCUCAAGUUAGAGAGGGACAAGGGAGGCUUCUUUGUUUACAGACCAUGUGAUGAUGUGAAGUCCCGGAUGAAGGAUGCGGACCUGUCCUGUAUCUGUGAGUGGAGGAAGCUCCGUAAGCUGACCCUGGGGGGGUUACCAGGGGUGAUCACAGGGGAAUUCCUGCAGACCCUCCCAGAGAAGUGCCCUGCCCUGCGACAGCUGUCCCUGGCUAACCUGGGCCCCACAGGGCAGUGUAUCUACUCCAAGAACCUACUGUCUGCACUCAGGAGGAUGCCACACUUACAGGACUUUAGGUUAGGUUUGCAACUCUUUUCCCUUGAUUUCAGGGUCGACCCUCAUCUGACAUUGAAGCUCUUUGAGAAGUGCAAACAUCUGGUUGUGUGCCAGCUGUUCACCAUGGCACAGGUUCUGGCCAGUCACAGAUUGCAGCAGCUCAUCAAACAAAGGUACCAAAGUGAGCGGCCAGCGCUGCACGUGGCUAUCCAACACCUGCUGAUGGAGGACAGCCGCUUCCUGAGUCAGCUCAUUCCCAUGGUGCACCUGGAGGAGUUUACCAUGUACAAAUCACGGGUGGGAGAGCAGCCUUUGGAGCUGGACAAACAUGUGGAAUUGUAGAGCCUAAAAUUCAGCAGUGCACGGGUGUCCUGUUUCACCUUUUGUUAUUGAAACUUAAAGUACUGAUGGGAAAGGUAGCAAUUUUAUACCUGUUUUACACCUAACUUUGAACCUUGACCAUGCAUAUUAGGUAGAAAUUACCAUAAAUGCUACAUUGUGCUUUCUGGUACAUUUUGUAGCCUUGUUGGUGCCAUGUUUGAUCAUCAUUUUACUUUUGACUGAGUGCUCAUUCGUGAACAUUUAGGUAUACUUGACAGCCUUAAUUUUUUCACAUUUAUAAUUCAUCACACAUUAGGAGAAGACUAGACUUGAAUGAUUUGGAACUUAAUGGUGUCAAUUAGAAUGGAUAGCUUUGUGUACCUCUACAUUAUUGAGUGGCCUUUUUUGUUAAAACAAUAAACAUUACAUAUUUGAUUUAUGUGUCACUCAGAUUGUGGGUAAUUAUAAGAUUGAAUGUGCAAUUAUUGUAAAGAGUCUUGCAUAUCAUGAUGUUGAAAAGGUGGGAAAGAAUGUUUUACACAAAUACAUGUAAUGGGAAGUGCAUUAUUUGUAAGAUAAACAUGAAACUGCAAUGAUAGCAAUGAUCGCAUUUAUGACACUUUCAUUGAGGACCUGAAUGUAGAACUUGGGAUAGAAACUUUUGUUCAGACAUAGGAGUCCCCAGUCAGAUGUUUCUUUGGGGCUGGAUUUUUUUUAAGAAAAUAAAGGGCUGAAAGCCACAUGAGAUGGUAAGUCUGUAUGAGAAUGAGAGAGCUGUGAUGAGUUUGAAGAGCAUGGCCAAGCCAGGCUACUUUGAAAACUGAGAAAAUUUGAUUGGAAGUUAAUAAAAAGUGGGAAG